UUUGUUACUAAGAGAGAGACAGUAGCACAAUCAAAGAUGAUACUCAAAAUACUCUGUCUCCUCUUAAUCUUUGAUCAGCUGUGCACUGGAUUGCCUGUUGACAGUCCAAAUGAAGACAAGAAUAAAAUGACAGAGCUUGGAAAGGAGCUGGAUGUACAGAGCAGCAAAGAGAAGGACAUGAAGUCACAAGAAAAGGACACAAAAUGGGAGGAGGUCGAAUCUCACGAGGCCAAAGGGCAGGACGAUAAAGAGCAGCUUAAAGCUAAGCUAGAGAGUAAAGAGAAAGCAGCCAUUGAAGCAAAACAAGUGAAAGAGCAAAAAGCAGAGCUGGAGUAUAAGCGGAAGCUAGCCAAGAUACAAAAAAUUAAAAAGCAAAAAGCAAAGCUGGAAGUCAAGAUGAAAAUACAAGGAGAGAAAGCUCGAGAGCAGAAGAUAGAAUCUGAGCGCAAGCAAAAGCUAGCUCAAGAGCAAGGAGGCUCUGAUGAAAAAGGAGCAAAAACAAAGCAAAAAAUGAAGACACAAGAAGUUAUAAAAGAGGAGAAAGCAGAGACAGAGGAAAAGGCCAAGGAAGACACAAAAACACAGAAGACGGUAGUGCCAAAAGUUAAAGUUGAAGAAGUAGGAGAGAAAGCAAAAACGAGCUCGGGAAAGAACCAAAAAAUAAAAGCAGAGGGAGCUAAAGGAAAGCUGGAAAUAAAUAAAGUCCAAGGCCAGCAGACUGAAGAGUUGGAGCGAAAACAAAAAAUAGCUCAGAAAAUGGAAGCAGCUGAAAUGAAACGAAAGCAACAAGUGGCACUAGAAAUACAAACACAAAAGGCAAAAGAAGAGAGAGCAGAGUUGGAGCGAAAACAGCAAAUAAUCCAAGAAAUUGAAGCACAGAAAGUUAACAAGCAGAUGAAAGAAGAAUCAAAAGCUCAAGAGGAUAAAGACACAAAAGCUCAAGAAGAAGGUUGCAGUGAUGUCGAUGGAGGUGAUGUGGUUACCAUACCUGUCGCAAUGAAUGAAGGCAAGAAGCCACUAAAAGGCUAAAAUUAUGUGAAAGGGGCUUCCUCAAAAGGACAUAAUCAGUAAAAAUGUACUGGAACUGUAGCAGUUUUAUAAUCAUUUCUUUUACUGUAAUCUUUUUCUAUUCAGUAGUGAUUGAGAGAUUUUUUUUCAUAACAAAAAAGAGCAAGCAAAAAUA